AUGGACGAUCCGCAAGCGGUGUGGCGUGCGCUCAGCCCUGAGGGCCUCGCUGCUGGCAUCCUGGUCAUCACCAUCAUCUUCUCCAUCACCACCACAGUCAUGCUCCUGUUGAGAGCGUAUAUUCGGACUGUUCACAGACUGAACGGCCCGGAGGAUUAUUUGAUGUAUAUUGGAGGAGUGCUUAACCUGGGGCAUAACGCUGCUGUCGUGUAUGGAUGCUUCACAGGUAUAGGGACUCGCGACGGCAAGCUCAAUCUCCCCAUCAUGGUAGAGGGCGCAAAGGUCAGCAUCUGCGCCAACCUGAUCCGUGUUGCCAUGAAGCGACGAUACAUAUACCCGUUAAAGGCCAUGUCGGGUCUAGCUAUAGCCAUGUCAGUGAUGGCAUUCAUCGUUGUGUUCGUCCAGUGUCGCCCAUUUGCGGCCUCCUGGACCGGACAGGGGAAGUGUAUCUCUGUCGAUGUCAUCAUCAUCCCCACCUACGUCUUCUCGGCUGCAAAUAUCCUUGUGGACUGGGUCGUCGCCAUUCUGCCAGCAUUCAUUGUCUGGAAUCUCCAGCUCCGCAGGAAAUUGAAGCUGCUAUCAUUCGGAAUCCUGGGAGUGGGUGUACUAGCUUCCAUUGCCACAAUCAUCCGGAUGCCUUAUAUACCGAGCUACGCGGCAAAGUCGGACAAGCUUUACAAGAUUGGCUUCAUCAUCCUCUGGACCGUCGUAGAGCUCAGCCUCGGAAUCCUAGCCGGCUCUCUUCCCUCCCUACGCAAAUUCUUCAAGAGUCUGUCGAAAGACCAAAGCACGGGGGAGCACGGGAACAUGUACGGAUCCGAUCUUGUCACGAUAGGGGGUGGAAAUAGCGCGAAACCACAACGCUCAGCUGCGUACGAACUGAACACAACUGUAGUUGGGAGGAAGAGUGACUCAGGAGAUGGCAAUAGUGAUGGUGUGAACGAUAGGGAUAAUGACAAGUUGGUGAGUACGAACGCGGCCAAGUUGUAUGGUCUCUAUCCCAAGAAGGGCGAGUCCAUCCCCAGUCUCGGAUGGUGA